AUGUGGAAUGCGCCAACGCCACCAUGGGGAUGUCACGGUCCGAACGUGGCUAAUCUCCAACGGAAGAGGAUCAUCGAAACACAAAGGCAAGGAGGGCAGUCCGCAGAGAUGCAGCCGCCAACCUUCUAUCAGCAGGCAGCCGGAAUACAGCCGCUGACAUCAAAUCAACAAGAGACCAAGCCUCUAAUGAACGUUGAUGUUAUCACAAAUUGGGCAGAGACUCCAGAUGUUGUGGAGGCUCUAGUUGAAAAGAAGUCUGCGGAGAUAGAGGUUCUAGAAGCCAUGGAAGCUCCAGAGCUUGUGGGGGCAGAGAGUCCAGAAGCUGUGAAGGCUCCAGUUGAAAAGGAGUCUGCGGAGGCAGAGGUUCUAGAAGCCAUGGAAGCUCUAGAGCUUGUGGAGGCUUCAAUUGAAAAGGAGUCUGCGGAGGCAGAGGUUCCGGAAGCCAUGGAAGCUCCAGAGCUUGUAGAGGCAGAGACUCCAGAGGCUGUAGAGGCUCCAGUCCAAAAGGAGUCUGCGGAGGCAGAGGUUCCAGAAGCCAUGGAAGCUCCAAAAUUUGCGGAGGCAGAGACUCCAGGGACCGUGGAGACUCCUAACAAAAAAGACGAUGUACGGGCAGAGGCCCCAUAUGAAAAAGACUCAUUGGCCACGGAGCCGCUCAACAACAAUGGAGCUUCAAGCCUCGGACCCAAAGACUGCUGCCUCCAUAGAGCCGAAGACAACAACUUCCAGUAG